GCAGUUCCACGACUCUGCCUAUAUUAAGGCAGGAUCAGAGAGCAUAGCAGCUCAUUCGCAAACGCAGCAGCGCCGCGCAAACAUCGUUCAUUCCGCUCAGAGGACAUAAGACACAGACACAAUGGCAGCCACCAAUACGCACAGCCACAGCUACUAUGCUGACAGCAUGUACAACAUGUACCAUCACGCCCUGCCACCCACAUACUACGAUAACACCAGCAGCGGCAGCAGCAGCUAUUACCAGAGCAACUCCAUGGCUUCCACAGCCAGCUGGCAGCCGGCGAACUACCAGGCCGGCAGCUACGUGCAGUACGGCCCGGAGAGCUACAGCGAGAGCUGCUACUACGCCAACUACCAGCAGACUACCCUGCCACAGCCCGAACCCGCUGCAGUGCCUCAGUACCAUCCGACAGCAGUCGCUGAGCCCUUCACCAAAGCCAACUCGCCCGCGCCCGUCAAGAGCCGCAAGCGCAAGGCGGAGGAAUCUGCUGCCGAGAUCAUUGCUGCCGUGGAGGAGCGACCCAGCACACUGCGCGCCCUGCUCACCAAUCCCGUGAAGAAACUAAAAUACACGCCCGAUUAUUUUUACACGACAAUAGAGCCCGUGAAGAAGCCCAGCAAGAGCAGCUCCGCCGGCGAGCUGUCGCCCUGCUAUGAGCAGGACUAUGCCGUGCCCACGCCCUCCACACAGCAGACGCACAUGUCGCCGCAGCGCAGCACCAGCGAGGAUGUAGACUAUCUGGACGUCUACUCGCCGCACAAGCAGGCCAAGCAUGGCGACUUUAUUACCCCGCCGCCGGCUGCCACCACGCCCGCGACGCCCGCCUCCCUGGUCGAUGGGAUUGGCAUCAGCACGCCACCCCAGUCGCCGGCCGAGAAGUCGCAUGAAAUCAAUCAUCGCAUUGUGACAGCUGCCACGGGCAACAACGAAUUUAAUUGGUCGCACAUUGAGGAGACUCUCGCAUCAGAUUGCAAAGACUCCAAACGCACUAGGCAAACCUACUCCCGCUACCAGACGCUCGAGCUGGAGAAGGAAUUCCACUUCAAUCGAUAUAUCACACGCCGCCGCCGCAUGGACAUUGCCCAUGCGCUCAACCUGAGUGAGCGGCAGAUCAAGAUCUGGUUCCAGAAUCGACGCAUGAAAUCCAAAAAGGAUCGCACUCUGGAAGCCUCGCCCGAGCAUUGCACCAACACCGGCUACGGUUCGCUGUUGCCGCCACUGGAUGCCACCACUGUGCCGCCACAGCCACAGCCACAGUCGCAUCCACAGGCUGCUGCCAUGCCCUAUGCCGCCUAUCCCGCUUACUUGCCCGCCACACAGCAGAGCUAUGAUUACCCGCAGCAGUCGCCGCCGCUGCCACUGCCGCCGCACUUUGGCCAACAGUACGAAGCGCAGUACACACCGCAAUAUCAUCAACAGACGCAGCAGCAGUGCACCUACCAACAACAACAGCAACAGCAACAGCAGGAGCUGAGCACCUCCAACCAGGCGCUGUAUCAUCUGCCGCUGCCCUAAGUCAGCCCGCACGCACACACACAGAAGCACACACACUGAGACACACACACACACACACAACCGAAACAAAUGCGCCACCAAUUCUCGACCAUUUGCCGGUGACACGCAAAUGUAUAACGAGAUGCUGCGCAGUCGCAGUCGCCGCACCGCGCACUCCCUACGGUGCCCAGGACACAAGCAUAGGACGAGUGCGCAUGUGCAUAGGCCGAGGCCGAGACCGAGACCGAGGCCGAAACGACUCCUCGACAACCUCUGAUACCUCAAAACCCAGUGGCUGGCCAUGGGUUACCCGUUGUCUGUUGCCUGGAGCGCUCGAUUAUCAUCGAGCCCAGGGACUGUGGCCGGGCAUCGAUAAUGCAACACAAGCUCAACUUGGAGACUGAUUAACUUUUUGUUUCUAUUGUACAGUUUAUAUAUAUACAUCGAUUACAUUAGUCAUAUUUAUUUAAAUAUAUAUAUUCAAAAUACUUGUACUUGAUCGAAUUUAUCAAAAA